GGUGUCCUCUCUCGAAUGCAGUACGGAAUGAUGAUUCUCUUCACGACCACGCUUCUGCUCUUGGCAGGCCUCAGCCAACAGCAGUCCACGGAGGACCUCAAUGCAUACGUCGACAAGAUACUGAAGGAAGAGCUUCCAGCCGAGAAGAUCGACCCCCUGACAACGCGCGGCUUCAGCUUCCACAUCAGGGACCACCCGCACGUCGUGAGCGUCAAGUUCCAGCCCUCGACCAUUACCGGUCUGGGUACCAUCCAGCGCUCGGGAGACUGCUCUUCCUACAACCGGCUGUUCCCGUACCGCGUCUACGUCGGCUGUAAUGUCACUUACGGAGAAAUCAAGGUGCAAGUGAAGAGCCAGCUCAAGUACGACCGCAACAGCACGACCGUCACCGCCGACACCACAUUCCCGGAGGUGCACGGCCGCCUGUACGUGUCCGCCGGUGCCUGGAAGGGGCCCCGGGCACGCGCCUUCCCCAAGCUUGGAAACUUCACCACCACAUUCACUGGCCUGGACGAAAACCCCGACACUCAGAAACUGCGCUGGGGAUACUACGAGGUGGUCCGCGACAUUCUGGCCGUCAGCAUCGAGAGGACGCUGUCCUGGGCUAUCUCCGAGAGCGCCGGCAAGGUCCUCUGGCCCUGCUGCUAGUGUGG